UCUACUUGCUGCGUGUGACGUCACACCGCCGCAAGAAGAACGUGUCUGGUGCGUCGUCGACGUAACGAACAUGGCCGCUUGAUGCUGUUGGAGGCGUUUAGUUUUUUUUUUAAAGUUCAGUUUUUGUUACUUUUUAAGGAUGAUUGAUAACAAGGACAGCGCUGAGAAAAUGGUGCCAUCCAGUGAGGAGGAAGAAAAUGGUGGAGGAGAAAAAGAGGAGGCAGAAAAUGGUGAUGGAGAAAAAGAGGGGGCACCGCUGGCUCUAGAUACACCUGAAAAAAUGAUUCCAUUGCCAGUUCUACCUGAAGAGAAAAAGAAGAGUGAGGGGUUAAAUCUGAACAACGAGGUCGUGAAAAUGAGGAAAGAAGUGAAAAGGGUACGGGCUCUGAUCAUCAGGAAGUUGACACGCCAGAUUUCUGCCCUCAAGAAGAAGAAAGGGAAUGAAAAGGAAGUUGAGAGGAAUCAGAGGAGAGCUGACAGACUGCUGGAGGAGAUCCAUGCCAUGAAAACCCUCGCGCCGGACCUGGUGACCAGGACGGCCUUGCAGCAAAAUCUCAGCUUUGAACAGGUGUGCAGAAACCCCAAGUGUAAGAUUUCUGAGCGGGCCGUAGCGCGCAUUGCCACCCACCCUCAGUUCAACAGGAAGAUCCAGGACAUCAAAGCUGGCAUAGAAGCCUUCAAAGAGGAGAGGAUGAAGGGUGGAAAGAAAAGAGGUAGAAAGGUGCAAAAUGAGGCUCCAAAUGUGGCUGUGGCAUUACCACAUAGUGACAGAGAAGAAAGAGAUGUUGAAGACAAAUCAGUGGAGCAAAACAAACCAAACAACUCAGACGUUUUUCCGAAAGACACAGAAGAUGUAACUGUUGGUAUUCCUGAGACAGCUGAUACUGCUGAUGUGCAAAAGGAAGAAAUGCAACCAUCAAAGGGUACGAGACCCAAAAACAGUGAAACAAAAGUCAUUGAAAAAAAUAAACCAGAAAAUAAAGUAAAGAAAUCGAACGUCAAGCCAGCGCCCAAAGACCAGGAAGCGAGUGACGUAGAGUCAUCCGACGGGGAAACGAAAGAGUACUUUGAUGACAGCACAGAGGAGCGCUUCUAUAAGCAGUCGUCUGAGUCAGACGACAGUGAUGGAGUGGACGACUUCUUCCUGGGAAAAGUGAGCAGGUUCAAAAAGAGGAAGAAGAAAAGCACAGAAGCCAAGAAGAUGCACGACGGGAAAGUGACGACUUCGGAACUGGUUAAGAGUGAACUGCAUGAGGUCGAACCCAGCUUGAAGUUGAAAUCUGCUAAACUUCAGUCUGUUUUCUGCUCUACCCUCUCAGGAACGACUGCUGAUAGACACAAAGGGAGCAGUCGGUUCAGGAGCCAAGGGAACGAGAAGAGAGGCGGUGGACAAAGUACAAACUAUAUUGGAUGGCCCAAAGGGCAAAAGCAGGACAAGGAGACAAGAGGACGUUCGGGGGCCGUCUACAAAAAACAUCCUGCUUCAGAGGAGAAAGGCUUUGCCUCUACUGGGCAAGAGAGGGGUCGGGGCAGAGGUGAUUUUACAAGGCAAACAGAUCGCAAAGGUGGACGAGGUUUUUCCCAUCAGGCACCACAGCAGGCGUUGCACCCGUCGUGGGAAGCCAGCAAGAAAAGGAAGGAGCAGGAAGGACAAAUCCUGGCCUUCCAGGGGAAGAAGAUUAAGUUUGAUGAAGAUGACUGAACUAUUUUUUUAUUAUGAUUAUUAAUGCUGAUGUUUGUAUGUGCAUCAUUCUGUAUCUGGUUGAUUCUUAUUGACCAGACAAGCAAAUAUUAAUCAGCUGCUGAACAUAACGAUAAGGAGAAGUGUUUGUGAUGUGAAUGGGAACAUAUUGUAAAUGUUACUCAUAAAAGUUAAAUUUUAAGAUGUUUAGGGUGUUUUUUUAUAAACAGGUUUAUGACUUUUUAUGAUUUAUUGUUGCACUUGUUACUUCUUGUCAAAUGACUGCCAGUGAGCCCGUGUUUACAGUUGUACAUUUUAUAGAACAAAUUAACGGUUUUCUUUGUUUUGUGGACUUGUAUGUAAUUAUUGUAUUUAAACAAUAACAAUGGAGUAAGCAGCUAGAGAAAGUGAA